CUUGGUUCUCAUCAUGAGAGAUUUAAAAGACAACAACAAGGUGUAGUUGGUGGAGGUGUUGAUCCCAAUUUGGGUGUACAAUUAAAUGACACUCGUGUGAUUUGGCGAGAUGUUCAAAGUGCAUUUAACAGAAGAAUCCGUACCGGCAUGGUUGUCAAUCUGCUUCACAUCGAUUUGAAGAACUUUCUUCUAGAUGCCAAAGAACUCAUCAUCAAUCAGUUGCAAAGUGCCUUGCAGGUAGAUGCUAGCCUUAAAGUCAACGUCAUAUUAACAGCUAAAUUUUGGAAACCUGGUGGUGAAGAUCAAAUCAUUGAGACCAAGACUUUUCCAACCAAAAAUGAGGAAGAUUCAGAUGAGCGUACAAUUCACCUUCUCAUGGUUGAAGUUCCAUCCGAAGAUAUGGGGAUGGAUAUUGAUGACAUGAAUAUUGAUGACAUCGAGAAUAGGAUUGCCAACUUUGAA